AUGGCGUCAAAAGCAGCAGCCGUUGCGGUAGAUUUCACCCGCAUCUACUCAUCUCUUGGCCUCGGAAAGGAGACCAUCUCCGCCCUCCAAGCUUUCCGCAAGCGCCACAGCGAGGCCCAGCGACUGUCGCAUGCCUUCGCCAGCCAACCCACCACCGUUAACUUCGACCACUACCGCUCCGUUCUCAAGAACCAGGCCAUCGUUGACGAGGCCGAGAAGCUUUUGAAGGAUUUCAAGCCUGUAACUUAUGAUGUGAACUCCCACAUCAAGGCCAUCGAGACUUUCGAGGCUACCGCUGUCGCCAAGGCCAAGGAGACAGAGGAGAAGAUUGACAUUGAGCUUCAACAACUCCAGGAGACUCUCGACAACAUCGAGCAAGCUCGUCCCUUCGACCAGCUUACCGUCGAUGAUGUGGCAAAGGCUCACCCUCGCAUUGUUGAGACCGUGGAGACUAUGCUUAAGAAGGGCAAAUGGACAGUUCCCGGAUACAAGGAGAAAUUCGGAGACCUCAACCUUAUGUAA